UUCAGAUAUUUCAUACAUGGCGUGUGUCGAGAAGGAAAUCGCUGUUUAUUUUCACAUGACUUGGCCACGAGUAAACCAUCCACUGUUUGUCGCUUUUAUCAAAAAGGACAGUGUGCGUAUGGGUCUCGUUGUAGGUAUGAUCAUGUAAAACCGUCAGGUCCUCCCGCAGUUCACACUCCUCAAAGUAUCCCACCUGCUAAUCAAGAAACACCUUCACCUUCCUCAGAAGUCCCACCAGUUGUCACAAAAAGUGCCCAUCAAAGGGCGUGAGAAGAAGAGUCUUGUACUCCGAGAUCGUGAUUUAUCGGGACUGGCAGAAGAUAAACGAUCGAAUCCUGCUUUUAACCAAAACUACAGCAGUGAUACUCAAGUGACUGAUCAAGUGUUAAAACCGCACUCUUACCUGGAAGCCAUCUGUACAGGACUGGAAGAAGUCGAGGCAGCCUCGCCUUUUCCUGGGGACCCCCAGCAGCUUUGCCCCUAUGCAGCUGCAGGGGCAUGUCACUAUGGAGAAAGCUGUGGCUAUAUCCAUGGAGAUGUGUGUGAGAUCUGCAACCUACAAGUGCUUCACCCCUAUGACCAAGAACAGAGGAAGUCACAUGAAAAGCUGUGUAUGGAGGCAUUUGAAAUGGAGAUGGAAAAGGCCUUUGCCUUCCAGGCCAGCCAAGACAAGGUGUGUAGUAUCUGCAUGGAAAUUGUAUAUGAAAAGUCUUCACCAUCAGAGCGGAGAUUUGGUAUCCUGUCCAACUGCAACCACACGUAUUGCCUCUCCUGUAUCAGACAGUGGAGAUGUGCCAGACAGUUUGAGAAUCCAGUAAUAAAAGCGUGUCCAGAAUGCCGUGUGAUAUCCGAGUUUGUAAUUCCCAGUGCUUACUGGGUGGAAGAUCAGAGCAAGAAGAAUGAACUGAUUGAUGCAUUUAAGCAAGGAAUGGGUAAGAAGGCUUGUAAAUACUUUGAUCAGGGACGUGGCACCUGCCCUUUUGGUGGAAAGUGUCUUUACCUGCAUGCUUUCCCAGACGGAACCAGAGCAGACCCAGAGAAACCCCGGAAACAGCUUGGAUCCGAAGGCACAGUACGGUUCUUUAAUGCGGUUAGACUGUGGGAUUUCAUUGAAGAUCGAGAGCACAGAAGUAUUCCUGCCACUGAUGACGAUGUAGCCGAACUUGGAGACCUCUUCAUGCACUUGUCUGGAGCAGAUCAACCAGCAUCCCCCCCUUCCAACUGA